ACCCAAAGUUCUUUACUAUCACUUCACUCUAUGUAUUCUCUGCAUUUCCAUUUCACAAUCAAACCAAAAAACUAUGAAAUCAACAAGAAACUAUCAUCAAUCUGUUCAUGGAAAUCGAGUUUCUCGUCUUUGGAAUACGUUAAAUUCGAUUUGAAGAAUGAGAAUUUUAAAACUUAUUAUUAUAGAAAAGGGGAUUUUUUAGGAGGAGAUGCAAUGGGAGUAGAGAAAAAUGUUGGAUGUGAAGUGGAAGUUGUUUCGUGGAGAGAACGAAAGAUUAAAGCUGAGAUAUUGGUGAAUGCUGAUGUUGAUUCUGUUUGGAAUGCUCUUACUGAUUAUGAAAGGCUUGCUGAUUUUGUCCCAAAUCUUGUUAGCAGUAGGAGAAUCCCUUGUCCACGUCCUGGACGUAUUUGGUUGGAGCAAAGAGGUAUCCAACGAUCACUCUAUUGGCACAUAGAAGCUCGUGUUGUAUUGGAUCUCCAAGAAUUCAUUAAAUCGGAUAAUGUUCGCGAACUCCAUUUCUCUAUGGUUGAUGGUGACUUCAAGAAGUUUGAAGGCAAAUGGUCAGUGAGAGUUGGAACAAGGUCUUCAACAGCUAUACUAAGUUAUGAAGUUAGUGUCAUACCAAGGUUCAACUUUCCUGCAAUUUUCUUGGAGAGGAUUAUCAGGUCAGACCUCCCGGUAAAUCUUCAAGCGUUGUCCUGUAGAGCUGAAAACAGUUAUCAAGGUUAUCAGAGUGUUACCAAAGAGGAACCUGGCUCUUACCUUAUUUCCACUAAGACAGAUAUUGAUCAUGUCAUAUCCCACGAAAAUAAAUCUUCCGGUGAAAACUUAAAGGACAAGUUUGUCAAAGCCACCUUUGGCCCAUCGACACCAGUUAUAAGUGAUUGUGCUUUUUAUGAAGCGGUAUCAUGA